AGAAUCAGUGGGAAGGGCACCAAGAUACCGCGAUAUUUUGUGACUGCCCCGAGACGCGCCUGGGGUCUGGCGCGGAUCCUAAAUCCUGACAGAGCUUUAUGAAGUUCAGCUUUGCAGGCUCCCAGACUUUGAAGCUAUUAGACCCCAUAUGGAACCACAUCCAACUGCCGCAUCCUUGGUGGAGAGGAAAUUCCAUGUUCUUGUGGGUGUCACUGGAAGUGUUGCUGCCCUGAAGUUGCCUCUUCUGGUGUCAAAACUUUUGGACGUUCCUGGACUGGAAGUCACAGUGGUCACAACUGAAAGAGCCAAACAUUUCUACAGCCCCCAGGACAUUCCUGUCACCCUCUACAGUGACUCUGAUGAAUGGGAGAUGUGGAAGCACCGCUCUGACCCAGUUCUCCACAUUGACCUGCGGAGGUGGGCAGACCUCAUGCUAGUGGCUCCUCUUGAUGCCAACACUCUGGGGAAGGUGGCCAGUGGCAUCUGUGACAACUUGCUUACAUGUGUCAUCCGGGCCUGGGACUGCAGCAAGCCCCUGCUCUUCUGUCCUGCCAUGAAUACCACCAUGUGGGAGCACCCCCUCACUGCACAGCAGGUGGACCAGCUCAAGGCCUUUGGCUACAUGGAGAUUCCUUGUGUGUACAAGAAGCUGGUGUGUGGAGAUCAAGGUCUGGGGGCUAUGGCUGAGGUGGAGACCAUUGUGGAUAAAGUGAAAGAAGUCCUCUCCCAGCACAGUGGCAUCCAGCAGAGUUGAACUGGAUUUCUGUCUCUGGUGUACCUCUGCACUGUGUAUAUUCAGGCUGAGAUGGUGAAGAAGGAAGGCAUCAUCAAAAUAUGGUGAAGAUUCCUGCAUUUGCUAAAGAGGCAUCUGAUCUGCUCCAAGUUGAACAGGACUGAAGGCCCAACUUCAUUCAACCAGGGGAUGCCUGCUUUCUGUAGCCCCUCCCCAUCUCUUCCUGGGAUGGGUACACCAAGCUAGGGGAGCAAGUUGCCAUGUGUCCUUGUACACCUGAGAGGACUAAGUGACUGCACACCUCGAUUUUCUCUCUUGCCCAGGAUUUGCUUUUUGAAACACAAGUUGAAGAUCCCUGGCAUGGCAGGCCUUGGGAGCUUCCAUUUUUUGAUGGAGUGCCCAAGUGCCAUAAAGUCAGGAAGUUUGUCAGAUUUCCCACAGACCAUACUGAGAGUUUGGGGAUUCUGGAAAACAAAGAAAAAUGACAUUUUAGGAGACUCUGUCCUUCCUUCACAACCCAUCUUUGGUCUCAGAGAUUUGAGGGCAUUGAUGGAUCAGGCUGGGAAAGUGUAGGGUGAUCACUGACUAGCACUCUCAUGUCCCCAUAUAAUAAGAGUGCUAAGACCCUGAAGCCAGACAGCUCUUAGUUCAAAUCUCAGUUCUGCCACUUACCACCAGUGAACCUUGACUUGGGCCUUUGCCUUUCUGAUCCUCACUUUCUGCAUCUGUAUUAUCCUUCCCUCAUGAAGCUGUUGAGAUUGAGAUGAUGUGCGCAAAAUACAGGCGUCCCCUCUAUCCUCUAGGGACACAUUCCAAGUCUCCCAGUGGAUGCCUGAAACCAUAUACAGUACUAAACCCUAUUUAUACUAUGCUUUUCCCCACACAUAACAUACCUAUGACAAAGUUUAACUUGGAAAUUAGGCAUAGUAAGAGAUUAACAACAAUAGCUAAUAGUAAAUUAAAACAAAUAUAUUGUAUUAUA